AUGCCUGACGGCACUUCAAGAUUUAAGUGCAAGGGUAAGGAAUUGUUGCACUUCAUGGGAUGUUCGACUUUUUCCCAAUACACAGUCGUAGCUGACAUCUCGGUUGUUGCUGUUAACCCAAAGGCUCAGUCAGACAAGACCUGUUUAUUAGGUUGUGGUAUUACUACUGGUUAUGGUGCGGCUACUAUCACCGCGAAUGUUGGUGAGGGUGACAAUGUUGCUGUUUUCGGUGCUGGAUGUGUUGGUUUAUCCGUUAUCCAAGGUGCUCUUCAAAGAAAGGCAGCAAAGAUUAUAGUCGUUGAUAUCAAUGACUCCAAGAAAGAAUGGGCUGAAAAAUUCGGUGCCACUGACUUUGUAAACUCUGCUAAAUUACCUAGCGGCACCACUAUUGUCGACAAAUUAAUCGACAUGACCGACGGUGGUUGUGACUUCACCUUCGACUGUACCGGUAACGUCAACGUCAUGAGAAAUGCCUUAGAAGCGUGCCAUAAAGGUUGGGGUACCUCUGUCAUCAUCGGAGUUGCUGCUGCUGGUAAAGAAAUCUCCACCAGACCUUUCCAAUUGGUCACCGGUAGAGUAUGGAAGGGUGCUGCAUUCGGUGGUGUCAAGGGCAGAUCUCAAUUGCCAGGCAUAGUUGAAGACUAUAUGAAUGGCGGUUUGAAGGUUGACGAAUUCAUCACUCACAGACACGAGUUAGAGAAGAUCAACACCGCGUUCGAUGAUAUGCAUGCUGGUGACUGUAUCAGAGCUGUUAUUAACAUGUAA